AUGGUGCGGGGGACAGCUGCCAUGCUGUGGCAGCUCAUUGUCCUUCUUUGCAGUGAUAUGAUCCUGGCGGGUAGACCUGCCCACCAUGAUGUUCUGGAUGAUGACCUGACCCUCCGCGGCAAGUGCCCACAGGAGGCGCCGUUGCGGGCAGUUUUGACGAAGCUCUUGCUGAAGGAUGUGGAGAACGUGUACGAGAUGCAUGGGAUUAGAUGGAGCCGCUGCAAAGUCGAGACGAUCCACUUCCGUGGCCGCAAGGUGCAGGGCAGCUUGGACGAGCGAAUCGCAGAGCUGACGGAGCUCUACAACCUCGAUCUUAGCGACAGCAACGUCACGGGGGACCUCAAAGUCUUGGAGAAGAAUAGGCAACUCCGUGACCUCCGCCUCCAGCGCACCCGGGUGACAGGUGACCUGAGCAGCCUCUCUCAAGCCAGGGGGUUGCAAAAGCUCUACCUGCACAGGACCCAGGUGACCGGUGACCUGGCGAGCCUCUCUCAAGCCACGGAGUUGACACAUCUUGACCUGCACGACACCCGGGUGAAAGGUGACCUGAGCGGCCUCUCUCAAGCCAAGGGGUUGCAAAAGCUCUACCUGCACAGGACCCAGGUGACCGGUGACCUGGCGAGCCUCUCUCAAGCCACGGACUUGACACAUCUUGACCUGCGCAACACCCGGGUGACCGGUGACCUGAGCGGCCUCUCUCAAGCCACAGAGUUGAGAUGUCUGUACUUGCACAACACCUGUGUGACCGGUGACCUGAGCGGCCUCUCUCAAGUCACGAAGCUGAGAUUUCUCUACCUGCAGAACACCCAUGUGGCCGGUGACCUGAGCGGCCUCUCCCAAGCCACGCAGCUGAGAUUUCUCUACCUGCAGAACACCCAGGUGACCGGUGACCUGAGCGGCCUCUCUCAAGCCAAAUUAAGACAUCUCAACCUGCAGAACACCCAAGUGGCCGGCAACAUCUCCGCGCUGCACGGCUGGUCGAAGCUUCAGACAGCCGAGUUGUCCCGGACCCAGGUGUCAGGGCGCAUUGACAGGUCUUGGAAGGGCUGCUGCAAACAGCUGCGCUCCUUGAAGCUGGCGGAGACCAAGGUGUCCUUGCGCUACGACUUCAAGGACAUCUUCUGCCAACUUGUCGGAAACUGCCUUCUGCCAAAGUUGGCCACUUUGGACCUGAGCGGCUGCCCGCUCAAUUGUGCCGCAGCUGAGUUUUUCCAGGCCCUGCAGGCGUCGCCAUCUUUGACCACGCUGAAGGCUGCCAACGCCGGACUCAGCGGCGAGAUCAGCGCCACGGACCUGAAGAACGUGCAGGCUGCGGCCGUUGACUUGUCCUCCAACAAGUUGACGCGCAUCGCAGCGCUUCCGCCCCGGUGUCAAAGCUUUGCAGCCGCAGGCAAUGAUUGCCCCUUGGCGUUUGGGAAGCGUGUGCUUGGCAAAGCCUCCAGAGCCGGAAUCUCCGUCAACCUCUGGAACGUGACCUUCGAGCCAACUGAAGAAAGUGCACAUCUUCUGGACCGACAGUUUCUAUCACCCACCGAGCGUCGUGCAGUCUACAACGAAGAUCGCGGCUUCGCUUGCUACGAUGUGCUGCCAACAAAUUUCCGAAUUUCGCCGGAGCUGUUUGCGCCGGAGAGACUCUGCAGCUGCCUCCCCGGCUGGAGGAAUGGUUCAGGGGCCACCUGCCAGCAAUGUCCGAAGAACACUUUCAAGGAUUCCUUCGAGGGCACCUGCCAGCAAUGCCCGGAAGGCAGCCAAGCUGCUGAAGGAGCCAACUCACUCACUCAGUGCCAGUGCAAGAUAGGUGAGGUCUUCAACGAAAGUGGUGUUCCGCGCUGCGGAUGUCCAAGGGAUGAAGCGCAGAACGGGGAUGUGUGCGCGAAGUGCGACGAGCUCAACUGGAACUGCUCAGAGCCAGGCUCAGAAGUUCUCUCGGCAAGGCCACUCCCUGGCUUCGCACGGCUUGGGAACCAGACGAAGGCAUUCAAGUGCUUCCCGCCAGAUGAACGCUGCAGCAACGAGUCCGCGGACGAGGCCAGGUGCUCCACCGGUUACACCGGCAUCCUGUGUGGGCAGUGCCGCCCUGGAUUCUACUCAAGCGGGGAUGCUUGUGAACGCUGCACAACUGCCUUGAUCCUUCCCAACGUGCACUAUGCUUGGUAUGUUGCAGGUUGCGCCGUGAUAUUGGCCUUGGUGGGAGGGCUGCUAUGGAACCAGGGUCAGCAAGCAGAAAAUCCUGAGAGAAGCCAGGGAUUCAGCGCCUUGAACCAUCAGCUCAAAGUGCAGGUGCCGAUUCUUCUCCAACUAUGUCAGCUGUGGUCUGUCGUGGCGAUGCUGUCUUCAAGCCAGGAAGAAGGAAGCGACAUCAAGGUCAUCGCCUUGCUCUACAUUGGCGGCGCGUCCAGCUCGUCAAACCUUUUGAGUUGCCAGGAGACAGACGGACUGGGUGAACAGUUGCCCAAGAACUUUGCCUUCCGAAGUGCAAUUCCUGAAAUUCUUUGCGAUGAAGAGUCAUCCUUCAAAGCCAAAGUUGACAAGGUCGCCUACAUCACUGCCUUUGGCUACGCCGUGGUGGUCCCAUGUUGCCUCCUGUACCUCUAUGCACGACAGCACCUCCUCUUGCGCCGCAGCAGGACAAUCACGGUCAACGCAACCCAGGAGGACGAUCUGAAAGUGACAUUGAGGCCAGUUCUGAAGUCAGGAAAGCCAACCCCAGAGAAGCAUGACCAGUGGACGCGUCACACGGUGGCAUCGACCGCUGCCUACAUCUCCUUGACGUUUCGAGGGCCGCUCUCUUUGAAGAUGGAAGAAGGAGAGAUGGUGGUGCAGAUGCUCGAGGGUUGCAGUUUGACGCACGGAGAAGUGGAGAUGAAUAUUUCGGACGUGGGCACCUUCCUUGAUGAGGAUGAGGCUCAACAGGCGCGGAUUUUGCGAUGCAGGGCCAUCAGUGAGAUGCUGAUGGAGAGGUGCACCCUGCACGAAGUGGCCCCAUCAGAGAGGAUCUUGCUGGGCGCCAAAGACUUGCUGUCAAAGUAUGCCUUUGGUAGAAACGUCUUCCUGGAGAUCGUGCAGAAGUUGGUGGCCGUGGCGUUGGUCUCCACCGUCUCCAGCCCUGAUGGCUUGCAGCAGGCCCUCGGCAUCACUCUCGGCAUGGCGGCCAUGGUGGCGUUGGUGCAGCCGUAUUUGAAGCCGCAGGCGAACACGCUGCUGGCGUGCUGCUACCUAUGCCUCGCCGUGGCGGCGUGGGCGUUCAAGCGGCGGGUGGCCUGGCUGAGCCGCGCGGCUCUGGCGCUGCCCUUCCUGCUGGCCUCGCUGCAGUCCUUGACCCCGGACGGGGCCGAGACAAGGGCGCUGCGCAUCUGGGAGGACUUGGAACCCCAAGUCCAGGCGUUGCAAGAGGGCAAGGUCGUCGAAAUCACUGCAGAGACGUACAAUUUCAUCUGA